AUGUCAAUGGAAAAGUCCCAGGUGUAUGCGCAACUUGAACAUGAAAGGUUCCAAAGAGAGCUUGGAGACCUCGUUCUCGAUCAAUACAAAGACGAGAUUAUAGAGCGCAAUGAAGUAAUUGAACGAGAGGUAUUCAAGAAGGAGCUGAGCGACUUGCUCUUAGAGCAGUACCGCGGUGAGAUCGAAGAGCAGAAGAAGGCUCUGAGGGAGAACGAGCUCCGCAUUGCAUCAUGUCAUCGUCAAAUGUUUGCAUUCAGCUCCCAAGUCUCGUAUUGGAGGCAAAGGGUCAAUUUGGGAGAGAACCAGAUCUGCAAGCUGACUUCCGAGCUUGAGCAUAGCAAAGGAGAAAUGCAUAGGCAAAACACAUUGAUCGCGAAGCUCGAGAAGGAGCGAAGUGAGGCUAUGGACGGGUGUUCUUUUUUUCAGGCAGAGAUCAGAAAGCUCAAAGCUACAUACCACGAGCUGGAAAUGCGGGUCGAUGCAUUGGGCGCCACGGAUGUCACCGAGGCUGAUGAGCCAAGAAAGAGACGUAACACGAAAAAAAGGCGCAGACGGCAUACUAGCCAGUAG